AUGCGUGAAUUUGAAGUAGAAAACCAGAAACUGUUACUUAUCAAAAGCAAUGGAGAAUUUAGUGCCAUAGGACACUUGUGCACUCAUUAUGGAGCUCCACUGGUAAAAGGAGUUCUUUCAAAUGGGAAAGUUCGAUGUGCCAGACACGGUGCCUGUUUUAAUAUAAAAACAGGCGAUAUCGAAGAGUACCCUACUCUGGAUGGAGUACAAUGCUAUCCGGUUAAAGUUCAGAAUGGCAAGGUUAUUAUAUCUGCAAGUGCCAAAGCCUUGGAAGCAAACAGAAGAAUCAAAACCAUGGUCACCCCAUCACCAUCAAUUAAGACAGUCAUUCUUCUUAUAGGUGGAGGUCCAGCUUCGCUAAUAUGUGCAGAAACUCUUCGCCAGGAGUUUUAUGCAGGACGCAUAAUAAUAGCAACCAAAGAACAACAUUUGCCUUAUGACCGUACAAAACUCAGCAAGAACUUAGACAUCAGCAUUGAAAGUAUCUUGUUGCGGAAGUCAGAGUUUUACUCCACUUAUGGUAUUGAGGUGCUGACAAACAAGGAGGCAAUAUCUGUUAAUACAGGUAAAAGGAGAGUUGGCUUUAAAGAUGGAACGUCUCAGCAAUAUGACUACUUAUUGAUAGCUACAGGCUGUAUACCUCGAAAACUUAGUUGUCCAGGAGCAGAUCUGGAAAAUGUAUUUUCCUUGUAUGCUCCUGAAGAUGCAAACAAAAUUCAUGAAUUAUCAAAUGAAAAAGAUGUUGUCAUCGUGGGCUCCUCAUUCAUUGGAAUGGAGAUAACUUGGUACCUGAUUAACAAAGCUAAGUCUGUGUCGGUGAUUGGAACCAGCAAGGUCCCAUUUCAGGAUGUGCUGGGGAAAGAUGUUGGCACUGCAAUAAUGAAGUUAAGUUGA